AGGUACCCAACAACAGCCUUAGACCUUGCCGAGGCCAACCUGUAUGCGGAGAAUGGCAGUACAACUUCUCCUCACCAUGGAACGACCGGGGCAUCGGCCUUGCCUCCAAGUUGUCCCGCUAUAGGAGAAAAGCUGGAGAGAGCGGAAUUCUGUCAUCUCGAGUGUUCGGACACGGAGAUCUAGGUCCAUCUUUCGAUUGCCUCAUGUGAACAAUAGGUAGGAUCUAUGCGAGCUGAAACCAACUGAACUCCCAGUACCCGGUGCAAGACAAAGAAACGGCACUCGCGGUCUAACACUUUAUCCGUACAUGGCUUGCAUAUAGCAUUCGUCCAAGGAAGCAAGAAAACGAUAAAAUGUCAGGCCAAGAGAAUGCCGUGGCUUUUAUAGGCCUCGGCGUCAUGGGCUACAACAUGGCCGUCAAUCUGCGGACCAAAAUGCCCAAAGAAAAGACCCUCGUGGUAUGCGAUGUGUCCGAGGCAGCAAUAUCCAGGUUCCAAGAGCAAAUGAAAGACUCUGGGCCCGUAGUCGUUGCGAAGAGCGGAUCCGAAGCCAUUCAACAAGCUGACACCAUCAUCACUGUCCUUCCAAACGACGCAGCAUGCGACAGCGUCUAUCUGGACCCAUCGACCGGCAUCCUCGCCGGCGUCAAGCAACAAUCCCGCGCUUCUUCGCAGCCCAAAAUCGCCAUGGAAUGCGGCACCAUGAGUCUCGAGAUCAUCAACAAGAUCCGCGACGCCUCCUCGCAAUGCGGACUCAGGUUCCUCGAUGCCCCUAUCUCCGGCGGACCCAUAGGUGCUAAGGCGGGUACCCUCACCAUCAUGGUCGGAUGCGACGAGUCUCUGUUUCCCAAGAUCAAGCCACUGCUCGCAUACAUGGGUACCAGCAUGCGACGGUGCGGCGACGUCGGGUCCGGCACGGCCUUCAAAACCAUCAACAACUACAUGUCCAUCACCCAAGUGCUGGUUGCCAGCGAGGCGCUGAACAUCGGAGCCAAGCUGAAUCUCAAUAUGGAGGAGCUGAUCGAUACAAUAAACUCCAGCAGUGGUCAGAGUUGGAUCACGUCCAAGAACAACCCUGUGCCUGGCAUCACCCCCGGCGGAGCAGCGAACAACGACUAUAAUGGAAGGUUCCGGAUCGAGCUCGGCCAGAAAGAUCUAAAGUUGGGCGUGCAGUUGGCCAAGAUGGCCGGUGCAAAACCUUUACUGUCCAUCGAGACGCUGAAGACGUUGGAAGAAGUCGCAAGUGAUCCGAGAUACGCCGGGAAAGAUCUGCGUGUGGUGUACAAAUGGUUGAACGAGCAGUAGCUAGGUAGCUAGGCUCUCGCGUGAGUGGUUGAGUUCCGCCCGCGUCAUGCAGUCCAUGGUAAAUCCAUGGUAUUCACCGGCUCCUGAGUACGAUGGUCCAGUGUCGCUUGUACAUUGAGCACAAUCCAAGAAUGACUGGAUGGUUUGGC